GUUCCGAGAGUUCAGAGAAGGGGGAGGUUCGGGCGAAUCUCUACGCAGAGUCUCUGGAGGCCCAAGCUGUUCAAGCUUCAAAGGUGACGCCUCCAGCUCGCGGCUUUCUAGGUCGCUUUGCGUCGAUUCGCAAGUCCUCGGCACCAUACCGAGGAAGUUGA